UGUGCUGCUGCUGCUAUUCUUAAAGGAGACGCAUCCUAAACAAACCUAGUCUCAUCCAAGGAAAUAUGAGGUUUGCUAUAGCUUUAAGAGGUAAAUAAUGCGCAAUGUUUGUAAAAUAACAUUCCUCAUACAGCGUAACUUUUUUAUUAAUAAGCUAGCUAAUGAAAUGCCUGCGUAGUGACCGAAAAUUUACUCUUGUCCGAGCUAACAAAACUUGCUCCCACUAGGGCCCUCUAUGUUGGUCUUAAAUUUUCUAUGUUCACAACUUAGUAGUAAUAAAAGUCUGUAAAGGUCAUAAUAGUUAAAUAAGAGCGGCAUGGAUUCGGAGGAAGACGAGGUUUCAGGUACUCGUCCUGGGUUUGAGACAGCCGGAGACUCCGAGCAGGCCCCUAAACCAUCCACGGACUCGGUUAAACCAUCGAGAGGGAGAAGAGGACGUAAAAGCCGGAUGAAUACCGCAGUGACCUCCUCGGACUUUGGUGACUCUCGGUCUUGCACCGGAGGUUCUGUGCGUGUUUUGCGAGCCAGGCGAGCUGUACCUGCCACAACUACAGAGUCCAAGACUGCCAUUGGCAAGAAAAAAACAGCAAGUCUGCUUCGUGGACGUGGUAGAUCUGCAGGAUUCAGUUCCAAAAACUCACCUGUCACACAAACCGCCAUUAAGAAAUCCACAGCCAAAAAAGCAUCCAAACACACUCUCGGACCAAAGCUGUCCAAGUCUAGAAAGGGCACAGGGAGACCUCCAACCGGAGCCUCACAACCCACGCCAGCAGCAGCAUGCAAGCCUGAAGCAGAGAUGGAGGCUUCACCAUGUGGAGAGGAAACAGGUGCUUUGAAAGGAAGCGAUGAUGACCUUGCAGAUCCAGACGUGGCUCUCAACGAGGACCGUCCAUUCAGAGAUGACCCAGAGGACCUCAUCCAUAAACCCGAGACAACGACACGGCGUACAACAUUACAACAAAAGGAUGUCAAAAAAGAGGAGUCAGAAGAGGAGGAAGAAGACAACGGCAUUAAAAAGGAAGAAUCAACCGAGAGUGUUGCGCUGAUUGAGGAUAGAUUGGGUGAUAACACAGAGCCAACCAGGAAGCGAGGUAGACAGCACAAAGAUGACAAAGCACCUCGGCAGCCAAAACGAAGGAAAAAGCCCCCAGUGCAGUAUGUCCGCUGUGAAAUGGAAGGCUGUGGUACUGUCUUAGCCCACCCGCGCUACCUACAGCACCAUAUAAAAUACCAGCACUUGCUAAAAAAGAAGUAUGUGUGUGAUCACCCUUCAUGUGGACGCUUGUUUCGUCUGCAGAAGCAGCUGUUGCGACACGCAAAACACCACACAGAUCAGAGAGACUACAUCUGUGAGUAUUGUGCUCGUGCCUUCAAGAGCUCCCAUAACCUUGCUGUGCAUAGGAUGAUCCACACAGGAGAGAAGCCAAUACAGUGUGAGAUCUGUGGCUUCACCUGCCGUCAGAAGGCCUCCCUAAACUGGCAUAUGAAGAAGCAUGAUGCAGAAGCCUCCUACCAGUUCUCUUGCUCCAUUUGUGGCAAAAAGUUUGAGAAAAAGGACUCUGUUGUUGCCCACAAGGCCAAAAGCCACCCCGAGGUGCUCAUAGCUGAAGCCUUAGCAGCUAAUGGGGGCUCAGUAAUAAACAGUCCCACCCUGGUCCCAGAGAUUGUCCCUGUGCUCACCCAGCCUGACCGACCCUCUGUCAGCCAGGAGAGCCAGGAAGCGUUGGGUGGUACACUCACUCCGCUGCAGCAGGUGGUGCUCCCGCUCGCUCCACAGACUCAACUAGAUGUAUCUCAAGGCCAGUUCCUCCAACUGCCAACGCAUCAUGUGGUGCAGGUAGCACACCAGCAGGAAGCCCCUACCUUGCUGCACCUCACCACUGCUACUCCUGCUCACCUCUCCAGCAACAGCCAACCCCAACUCAUCCAGCUCCCCACCCUUCCAGCCAGCACUGUCACAUCCAUGACCACUGCAGACUCCCAGAGCACCCUCCUCACCCUGAGCUCCGUCACCACCCUGGCUCCUCAGCAGGCAGUGCAGUGGGGCAGGGAGUGUGACGAAGUUGCACAGAUGCCCGGAGAGGGUGAGCUGUGGGACAGGGUGAUAGUGGGAGGGGGUCAUCAGGAUGUUGGGGAAAUAAUGUGGGAGAGCAACAGUGAGAGGAGGAAGGAAGAUGAAGGGAUUGUUUGGGAGCGGGAAGGAGAGAGACAGAUUCUUUUAGAGUGUGCAGAGAUUCAUGGAGAUCAUUUAAUCUAAAUAGAGAAUGAGGAACUUCAUGGAGAGUGAGCGGAAGGGACAAAGGCCUGAAGGAAAUGUCAGAAGUUGACAAGCUGGCAUAAAUAUUUGAAAUAACAGAAUUUAUCUCCAUGGUAUAUAUUCGCAUACAGUAAACAGCUACAGAGCUACUUCAUGUCAGGGAGUAUGAUUUAUAAUAUUCUAGAUUACAUAUGUUUCUUUUACCACUUAAUGAAAACUUAAUGAAUAUAUUUUGGUUUGUCACCCUGUGUUUGUAUAUAUGUGUGUAUAUUAAACAUUUUUAAAGAUUAAGCAACUGAAAGAUGAUUGUACAUAAUGUACAAGAAAGUCCAAAAUGACAAUUAUUUUCCCAUUGUUCCUUGUUCUGUUUAUAUCCAUCUUUUUACAAGGUGAAUCGAUGAGUGUCAUUGAAGUAACUGGGUUCACUCCAGUAGUUUCAGUUCAAUGGAAGUUACAAAGAAAUUGCACUGUGAGCAACAACUAGAACCAAAUGAGGUUCUUGGUGUAAAUGAAUCUUUGUUGUAAGAUUACAAAAUAAGACAUAUAUGAAAUGUAUUGCAUUUUUAGUUUGGAUCUUGAGACAAAUCUAAAUUGUUUUGCUUUUAGUAGAGGUUUUGGAGAAAUUACAGACAAAAUCUAGAAUAAGUGGUUUUUAAAAUCCUUUGUAAGGAAAGUCAUUACAUCUUUUUUACAAAAUGAGGCUAUAGGCUUUUUUUAAAGCAGACAUUCUGAAAUGUCAUAGAAAAAGCGCAGGAUGAACAUUAUCGAUGACUCAGUUCUGUCCAAGUGUGCCGGUAAUCUGUGAUAGUGAGCCAGGAUGAACAAUACCAGCAUACUGAAACUGAAGCAAUUAAAUGGAAUUCCGCCGUCACUCGUUUUAUUAUUAACACCUGUGCUUUUCCUACCGUGACAUGUCGAAAUGUCGUCUGCAUUUAGUAAGAAAAGAUCGGAAUCACCUUCCUCGUUUGAUCGUAUUUGUUCACUUUCCAGGACCUGAGAAGUGUCACACCUUCCAUCCAAAUUACUUUAUGCCAUCUGAUUUAAUCAGUUACUACAGAUGAUUGUUUUAAUGUUUUGUUUUUUUCGCAGUCAAGAUUACACAGGUAGCAUUAUUAUGAUCAAAAAGUGGAAUUGUCUUAAAUGGAUGAGAAAGCUAUUUUUUGUCUGCAGUUUUCUUUGAAGCAAUGUUAGAUAAUAAAAUAUCCAGUACCUCUGUACACUGCCAUUACUACUGAGUACUCAUAAGCUUCCAAUCUUAAUUUAUCAGAAAAUGUGUU